AUGUACCUUCUCGGCAUGCGGCGAAUGACAGCAUCAUCAAGGUCAAAGGGCCUAUUUGAAGCACCAAGGACAACGAUUCUUUGGCUGUCACUUGAAGUUAAUCCAUCCCAAGCUGACAUAAACUCAUUCCGAAGAAUACAAUGCAAGUAUGCAACAGCAUUCACCUCAUCCACAAAAAUAAUUGUAGGAGCCAACUUGACAGCCAAGGAGAAUAGUGCCCUCACAAAUGUAAGGGAUGAAGGAGUAACAUUGAUGAAAUGGGCCCCAGCUUCGGUAGCGAGAGCCUUUGCUAUAAGGGUUUUUCCAGUUCCAGGGGGACCAAAAAGCAGCAUCCCUUUGCAAGGCUGA